AUGGCCAUUCACAGCGGCGUUCUCCAGGCCCUCGCUCGUUCCCUCCAUCCUGUCGCCAGUACCCAUCCAGCGCUCAUGUCAACCGUCCAUUCCGCAGCAGCAGCAAUCUCAGCCUUUUCUGGAUUCGCGUUGGCACAGGAAUCGUCUCGCGUGCUCUCGUCUUCUUCCUGCCCGUUUGAGGAUUCAAAUUCCUCAAAUCCCUCCACAGCAGCCGCCAAAUCUCUUAACUCGCCCCUCCCUCACUCCCCUUCCCCUCAUUCCCUGUCGCCUCACUCGUCCCCUCAUUCCGUCCGCCCGUUCUCCACUAGCAUCGUGACACCACCAUCGUCCCCGUUUGCACGUCCCCCGCAACAGCCAUUACCGCAGCACAAAGACCUCCCCCAGCUGCCGCCUCCCCCUCCCGUGCCGCAAAGGCGGGUCGUUGUCACUGGCAUUGGCAUGGUGACCCCUCUCGGCGUCGGCGCCGCUGCCACGUGGAAGCGCCUGAUUGGCGGAGGAGGCAGCGCCAUCCGGGCCCUGACCCCAUCGGACAUAGCCAUUUCCGGCAUGACAGACAGCCUCGCCGCUGCCCUGCUCUCCCAACUCCCCUCUCGCAUCGCCGGCGUUGUUCCUCCUGCCCCUCCUGUCCCUCCUGCGCCUCCUGCGCCACCUGUUGCUGCUAAUGACCGUCCUGACAGUCCUGCUGCUGCUGUUGGUCAUGCUGGAGUGGAAGGAGACAGUGCUGCUGCCAAUGCAGGUCUUGAGGGCAUGCCUCGGUUUGUGCAGCAUGCGAUAAGAGCAGCUGAUGAAGCCAUGAUGGAUGCUCGGUGGAUGCCUGAAGAGGAGGAGGACCGCGUGAGAACGGGAGUAUGUGUGGGAGGAGGUAUCGGCAGCAUCAGCGAGGUGGCAGCAGCAGGCCACCUACUGUUUGAGCAGCUAGCAGCAGGGGCACAGGGAGGGCAGGGGCACAGGGAGGGCAGGGGCACAGGGAGGGCAGGGGCACAGGGGGGGCAGGGGCACAGGGAGGGCAGGGGCACAGGAAGGGCAGGGGCACAGGGAGGGCAGGGGCACAGGGAGGGCAGGGGCACAGGGAGGGCAGGCAUCGGCAGCAUCACUGAGGUGGCAGCGGCAGGACAUCGGCAGCUGUGUUUGUCACUCUAUUCUCUGCCUGAUCGGAUGCCAUCCGAUCUGCUCUGA